AUGGCUUAUAUUAAAUCUUGUAGUUCUUAUUCUGCUCUACCCUUCUUCCAACGGAGAGCUCUACCACCUUCUUCUCUACCCUUCUUCCAACGGAGAGCUCUACCACCUUCUUCUUCCCCUUUCAACGUCACAGGAACAUUCAUUCCCCAAUGUUUAACACCAAAAAUAUUAAGUUCCAAGUUUUCAAAGAAUGAGACACUCUCUAUUCCUAGAAGUACUACUUCUUCUUCUUCAAACUCCACUGAUGAUGACACCUCUAGUAAAACUAAGAAAACACCAUUUGGAUAUUCAAGGAAAGAUGUUAUAUUAAUUGGACUUGGAGUUACUUUCCUUGGCAUUGGCUUAAAAUCCGGAUUAGAGUAUGUUGGAGUUGAUCCACUACAAGCUGGAAAUGUGGUUCAACUUGUGCUGGUUUUGGGUCUCACAAUUGGAUGGAUCUCAACAUAUAUCUUUAGAGUUUCAAAUAAGGAAAUGACAUAUGCGCAGCAGCUUCGCGACUACGAAAGCAAAGUCAUGGAGAAACGAUUAGAGUCCCUGACAGAAGCCGAGCUAGAAGUACUGCUUCAAGAAAUUGAGGAAGAAAAGAGUCGUAAGCUAUAG